AACUUGUACUCAGGGCACUCUCAUUGAAGUUAAUGCUCUCUAAAUGGAAGUUGGAGAUGUGGCGUCAGGAAGAGGCUCAUUGGAGGAACUCUGUGUGCGACGUGAAAGGGGAGGGCGCUGUGCUGCUCUGACCCCCAGCUACAGGUUGUUGGUGCCGCCACAGCCAGAGGAUGAGGGAGGACAGCACCACACGCAGCAUCUGCGGGGACAACCUCCGAUGAAAGCGACGUGAGCUCCUGGCUCGGUCAGCGGCACUCUACACAAUGGGAGACCGCCUGUCCUCUGAGGAUUGUCACACUAACAAAUCCAGCACCAUCCUCUUUGUUAAUCCUGCAAACGGGGUAAGUCCACACGUGCCUCAGCAAGAGUUCUCUGAGCAGUGGGUGAUAGGGAUGGGCACAGUAAUGGCCAGCAUCGUCCUGAUCAUUGUCCUCGGAAACCUCUUGGUGGUCUUUGCCAUCGCCAGGAACCAGCGGCUGCAGACGCUAACCAAUGUUUUUAUUGUGUCUCUGGCCUGUGCAGAUCUGAUUAUGGGCUUGUUGGUGGUGCCUUUCGGGGCGACCUUGGUCGUUCGAGGUAACUGGUUGUAUGGCUCGGUUUUCUGUGAGAUCUGGACUUCGGUCGAUGUCCUGUGUGUGACGGCGAGCAUCGAAACUUUGUGUGUGAUCGCCAUCGACCGCUACGUGGCGAUCACUUCCCCGUUCCGCUACCAGAGCUUACUGACGAAAGCCCGAGCCCGGGCCAUCGUGUGUGUGGUCUGGCUCAUCUCUGGCCUCAUCUCCCUGCUGCCCAUCAUGAUGCACUGGUGGAGGGAUGACCAACCCGACGCCAUCCGCUGUUACAAUGACCCCUGUUGCUGUGACUUUGUCACGAAUAAAGCCUAUGCCUUGGCUUCCUCCAUCAUCUCCUUCUACCUGCCUUUACUCAUCAUGAUCUUCGUCUACGCCCGCGUCUUUCAAGAAGCCAAGAAGCAAAUGAAGAAGAUUGAUAAGUGCGAGGGCAGGUUUUACACCAGUCACUUCAUCCCAAACGGCAGGUCAGCUCGCAGGAGACCCUCCAAGAUUAUAGCCAUUAAGGACCACAAGGCGUUGAAGACUCUGGGGAUUAUUAUGGGAACAUUCACCCUGUGCUGGUUACCCUUUUUUCUAGCCAAUGUGGCGAAGGCUUUCCGGACUGACAUCGUGCCCGGCAAACUCUUUCUGUUUUUCAACUGGCUCGGCUAUGUCAACUCAGCUUUCAACCCCAUCAUAUACUGCAAGAGUCCAGACUUCCGAGCCGCCUUUAAGAGGUUACUGUUCUGCCCCGGCCAGGCAGACAGUAAUAGACUGUGCUCGGGCUCCGGGGAGUUCUCCCGGUGUUCGGGCAUGUUCGGCAACACUCUGGACCCGAGGAGCCUGGAGACAUGGUCAGAAUGGAACAGGAGCCAGGAGGCGAACGGGGGCGGUUUGGACAGGCACAUGGGCGAGAACCCUGAAGACCAGGAGUCCCAGUUCUAGCGCGGGUGGAGUGCGGGCAGCAAGUCCAGCAUCUCAGACAGAAACGUUCAGGUUCCGUGGAGAAGACAAAAAAAAAAGCGUUGAAGACAGAGCAGUGAGUGCGGGCGAACGGUCCCACACCCACUCAGUAUUGUAGGAAACAGGCAUUGAAACCCAGCACAGACCAACUCCGCGGCGGAUUCCUGCCGCAAGCGAUCGUUCCCCGCAAUUCUGGAGAACGGAAGGCCAAAGUAGAUUAACACUAAGGUUUGGAUUCGGAGCGAUCAUAGACUGUAGAAGAGGACACGCUUUGCCGGGAUGCGCUGACUUUCAUCGGACGAGCCAGCAGCCCACCGUUUUGCAACACGAAUGGUGUGUCCUGGUUAAAUCACAUUCCAUGGUCAAAGGCAGUUUCCAACGUGGAUUAAAGAGGAGCUCUCGGUUACAUGAACAAUCGCCGUGUCCCCAGAAUAACGGAUCGUUAAGGUCAUUGUGUUAUUAUUUUCAACGUUUUGGAUUAUGUUAGAGAGAAACCACAAGUUUCAUUUUAAAACAAUUUGAAUAAACAAAGGUCCACCGUCUAAAACAAAAUAUUUCAGAUUUUCUAACAGCUGGUCAAUGAUCUGUCAGUGACCGAGCCUCGUAUAGGAGUGGACAUUCGGAGCAAGACAUGGAUCAAGGUGUUGCUGCCAAUUUCGUGAAACCCCUCUCUCACUGUAAGACUGUGUUUUGAAUAACACUACCUCCAGCUGUACAGAUUGUGUACAGAUCUAUUUAUAUUAACCAUUGUUUAUAUUAAACAAAUCGCAUUUUAUAUAUUUAAAAAUAGACAAAGCGACACGCAACCUCAGAGUUGACCAGUAGAAAAGAUGAAUGAACAGGGGUCAGUUACUUAUUUAAAUAAUUUAAAUUCCACACAGGACCAACUUCACCUGCACUUUCCUAAGUGUGGAAAGUUGGUAUUUCUCAGUACGAAGAUUAUGUGCGGCACGCUGUUAACAUUGGUGAAUAUUUUACAGCGCAUCUUAGUAUGGAUAGAAUCAAGUAAAAAUAAAACUCCGGGUAAGCUUUCGAAAACGAAACAUCGAUUUCGGCGAGAGUGGGUGCAGAAAGGGGUACUCGUGUUGAAUGGUGAUGUACUGCAAUGUUUGCCUGAAAAGCCAAAAAAGCGUUUCCCCACCCACUCGAUAUGAAAUUCACGUUCAGCUGUGUGAUGUAUUUGUCACAAAGUCUGCUUUCUCGCACAUAUUUAUAUAAAAUGCGGCUCAAUAAAAUGUGUGGAUAUUUGGUAUAUGUGCAAUAAACAUCAUUUAACAUUA